GUUGUUAAAAAAAAACCUUGGCGGUCGAGGCCACAGCUCUCCGACAGUCCCCAAAUCCCUGAGACGUACGAAUCGCAGCGAGUGCUGGGACAGAGCGCACUAUGGCCGCCGCCGACGACCAGCCGGAGACUGUGGAGGUCACGCUGCGCGCCGUCGGCCCGUCCCGCCCAUCCACCCUCCGCCUCCCUCCGCUUCUCUCGGUUGCCGAGCUUCGCGGCCGCAUCGCGCGCGAACGCCGUCUGGCAGGCACAGAAGAGGUUCGACUCCGCCUGGUCCUGCGGGGAAAGACGCUCCCGCACCAACACGAUACCCAUGUCAAUCUUCGCGAUGGGGAUACUUUAAUAGUGGCCGUGGCGCCUAAGCCUCCUGCUAAUCAUCUCCUUGACGAUGACGAGGAGGAAGAAGAGGAAGAACUGAAGUUCAAAAUACCACAAACGACAACCUUGUGGAAGAGGAAAAUUUUUAUGUUUCUUCGAGACAAGUUGAGAUUACCUGAUAUCAUUUUGAUGGCGCUGUUUUCUCUCAGUAUGAAAGCAUGGAUUAUCAUUGCAAUGUGGUUCCUAUUGGCACCGACUGCUCAGAAGUAUAACGUUGGACCUUUAUAUAUACUUGGUACCGGUUUCUUGAUCAUAGUUCUUAAUCUUGGAAGACGACAACAAGGUGAUGUUAGUGCAUACUCCAUAUUCAACGAAGAUUUUAGGGAGCUGCCAGGAACACUUAAUGCAGAUCGCAUUGAUCGAGACAUCCGGGCAGGUCAAUUUUAGAGUCUGGGUGAUAGACGAUGGUAUGCUGAGAUUUGUACAAAAGCGUAUUGUGCGUUGCCUUUGUUGGAAAGCACUGUGGAGAUGAAGGCAGUGCACCUCUAAGGGUUAAUGCCCAAUAUAUGUAUGACGAGGAUUUUUUACUUCAAUUCAUUUCGCAAUUAGGAAGAUUUGCACGUGCAA